GGUGCGUGCAGCGCAGCUUUGUUGCUUUCUUUUGAGUUGUUCGCCUCCGUCUGGUUUCGCGUAAAGUGUGGGAGCUUUGUUUUGAUUUCUCGCGUUUAUUUCUUUCCCAAUUUAGUGAAAUCCAAUUAGAGUGGUGUUUUCGUUUCGAUCCGCGGUGGAUUUGGCGUUGAGUUUUUGGAUUUGAGUCCUUCGCGGCGCAGGCAAAGUUGGAGGAAGUUCCUGGCCUAGAGGAAGCGUCGCAAGUGGAACAAAGAUUUGCCAGUCAACGAUAAGAUAUUGCGAUAAGAUUGCGUGCGGAGGCCUGAGUUUGAUUUCAGCUGAGUUCAGUUACUUUUCGGGGGUAUUUUGUUGCCUCAAGGCUCUCCCCAAGGAGCCCAUCGUGAGGGAGUUACUGCGGGCGGAUCCGCGUCUUGGAGUCGAUGCGCGCCAUUAGCGUCCAAACAACACCCGUUCACCUUGCUGCCGUGUAAUUGUCGCAAAUUCGAUUAGCUAACGGCCGCAGAGAAACUAGUUUCCGCCAACAACGACGCUCGGCACGGUAACAACAAAAAACAGCUGCAUCGAGCUCGACACUUGUCCAAACGACGCCCGGGGAGUCUUGGUUGCGGCGGCGGGCGGACAACGGCUGGCCCGUACACUCUGGCGUGAAAUUUUGCUGGCGCACAUAAAUUUUGCAUGGUGGUCCGGCGCACUGGCACCUCCGCACCAGUCAAGUUCGAGGAGAAGCGUGUGUGUGUGAACGCCCAGCAAGGGACCAGCUGAAGUUCCGAGGCGCUCCCCAUCGGCCCCAACGGCUGACUCGCAUCCAGUUCGUCACUGCCGCCCCUGCGGCGCUACUCUACCAUAAACAGCGGAAAAGUUUAUCCUCCACCCUGCGUUCCGUCGAUUGCGGGCGAUAGUGUAAAUCGGACAGUCCCAGUGAGAAGAGAAGUUCCACGCUCGCGUUCGUCGGUGACGGUCACGCCAAGCAAUUAGUUUUUCCCAAGUUUUCCCGUGUUGCGGAUGCUCCGUGUGAGUCCUGUCGAGUGAUAAGAAGGGACACUGCCCGCUGAUAAGAGCCCAAAAACAACAAGAGUCAGAGCCAGAGGAGCACAGACGACGAUUUCCCCGAUUUUUCAUUGAGUUUCCUUCGCUCCGUGUAGUGUGCACUCGUUACGUUCGCAUCUGACGCGAUUUUCCUGCGGGCAUUGUGCUUUGCGAUUUUCAUUUGUUUCGGUUCUCGUUUGAUUCGAUUUCAAGCUUCCCUGCGGAGGGUCUUGUGCCGAAACUGGUCGCCGGAAAAGUGGAAAAGUGAAGCGUAAUUGGGUGUAUCAGUGGGGCUGGUCUGCCGCCUGCGUCUGUAGUGUGCGAGCUCAAUUAGAGCACGGAGAACAUUAACCUGGACUGGUAUCUCGAGUGUAACACGUUUUCCACUAAUAAUCGAUAUAAUGUGCCGAGGAGGUUUCUAGCACCCGCCAAGACAGCUUGGUAAUUAGUUUCAUCCUAUAACCACAUGCACGUUGGAUACCGCAUGGCAACGCAACUGGUAGGACGUUCAAAAAUACUUGGUGAUCAUUUAUCGCCACUUUUCACUGUGCCUGUAAAUAAAAACUUUACAAUUUUUAAUUGUGAGGUAUUCCGUAUGAUAGCCUCACUUUUGAAUUCAUUUAGGCGUCAAUUUAGUCGCGAUUUAUCGGAAUGGAUAUCGAUCGACCCAAUAUUAAUGAUGACAUUGUUAAUAAUGCCAUUAGCACUAGCAAUUGUCAAUCGCAGUCAGCAAACGGAGAAUACACCAAUAGUAAUAAUAGUGUUAAUUCUAAUUCUAAUGGUUUGUGUAAGGGACCGACACCACAAUCUGAAAAGCAUACACAAAAUGAUAGACAUUAUGACCAGAAAGAGCAUGAGCAAAAACAGAAUAGUAUUGACGCAGCAGCUCCGAUCAAGGAUCGUACAAUACCGGAUACCGCGGUUUCAGAACAUUUUAGUGACAAAGUUUCUAGUUUAAAUGGUAAUAGCCCGUUAAGAAGUAAAGACAAGUUAAACGUUGUUACUGCUACUGAUAAUACGGGAUCGUCGAAUAAUCACCGUUUUCAAAUGAAUCGUCAAGAUAACGAUCGUUUUGCGAAGGCGCCAGCUUCACUUGUUAAUGGCUGUGAUGUCCCCAAUAGUGAUAACGAAGACGUUACUAGGAUUAAAGUCAAUAACGAUGUAGGCGAUAGAAAUGAUACGAUUAUGGACAAAUCAAAUCCAAUAAAUCCCACUUCGAUUAGCUCUAGUUCCCCUCGUUCGUAUCAUCGGUCAAUGAUUCACGAAACCGAAGAUGCUUCUGCUACAGAUCCGUUAUUAGAUCGUACGAAAAACGACAUAAACAAUCACGACCAUCUUCCACCUGUAAUUAAGAACAGUCCCAAGUACAACGAUUAUAUUAAUCAAACCUAUGUAGAUACCAGUCGUCGUCCCAGCGUUCAAAAUGAUGAUGACGAAUCUCAUCAAAUGGAGCAUGUACGUUUGUUGAUUAACGAUGCAGCCCCAUCCAGUAAAAUCGUCAAAAGCGACAAAACCACAACAUUACGCGCCCCAUCGCCGGGAAAGCUGAUCUAUGUGGAGAACACAAACGAGAAAAUGCCGAAAAGUAUUGUGAAAAGUCCUUCGUCGAAUAGCUUUCAAAAGGACUCGAAAAACCGCAGCAAUAGAUUAAGCUUCCAGUCCUGCAAGUAUGGAAAUGGUGCAACAGGUGAAGAUCGCGCAUCGGAGGGUUCAGCAGAAUAUGAACGUCCAGUAUUACAUGUCCAGUUCAUGCCUGAAGAACACGAACCUUCACUGUCCAGCAAGAGAUCAGACUGCAAGAGCCCCUUGGGAAGUAGCUCAUCGCGAUCAUCCGAGUCGGAUUCGUCAUCCAGCUCGUCCUCAUCCUCCUCAUCGUCGUCCUCGUCUGAUGACGUCAGCUCAAUAGGGGCAUAUGCAGAAGCGCGUGCACCAGAUGGAGGAUGGGGUUGGGUGAUCGUCUUCGCUUCGUUCAUGGUGAAUCUGAUAGCCGAUGGAGUGACCUUUAGUUUCGGCGUUAUAUAUGUGGAAUUCUUGAAUUAUUUCGGAGAAGGCAAGGCAAAAACUGCAUGGAUUGGAUCUCUAUUCAUGGCCAUACCACUCCUCUCUGGCCCAAUUGCGUCGUUUCUUACCGAUCGGUAUGGAUGUCGCAAGGUGACCGUUGCAGGAUCGAUUCUAGCCAGUGCUGGAUUUGUAAUUUCAUCAUUUGCCAACUCGAUGGAAAUGCUUUUUGUAACAUUCGGCAUUUUGGCUGGCUUCGGUCUAAGUUUAUGUUAUGUAACGGCUGUUGUCAUCGUUGCAUACUAUUUCGAAAAGAAACGAUCGUUUGCCACAGGCCUAUCAGUUUGCGGGAGUGGUAUAGGAACGUUCAUAUUCGCCCCUCUCACACAAAUGCUCUUGGAAGAGUAUGGCUGGCGUGGAACUACCUUGAUUUUGGCCGGCAUCUUUUUGAAUAUGACGGUUUGCGGGAUGUUGAUGCGCGAUUUGGAAUGGACAACGCAACGAGCGAAGUUGAAACGUACAAGAAGGAAGAAGAGUAAACUGGGCGUGUCGGCAGAUUCGUUUUCUGUGAGUAAUAGUACGAAUACUGGUGGAACCGCGAGUAAUUUGAAUCAUCAACAAAAUGGAGAUGUUCCGAUUAAUAUUGAUGGAGUGAAGGUUGAGGAUUUAGGCGAUCCGAGAUUGUUUAGUUCGUUGAUAACGUUGCCGACUUUCGUGAAGAAUGGAGAGAAGGUCCCCGAUGAAGUUCUUGAGCUUCUAUCAACACAUCGAAACGUGCACAACCUAUUGCUGCAGAACUAUCCAGGUCUGCUUUACUCAAGGAGCUUCAGUGAACCCCAUUCAUCAUACAUGGGAAUCGCAGCUCCUGAAGGUGCCUUGAGUCCAUCAGAUCCGGAUCCACCGCCGAAAAUUUCCAAGAAAAAGAACCAAACCAACACUGAUAAGUUCGAGAAUGAACAGGCUCUCCUUUCGUGGCUUAGGAAAAACGAAAAUCACCAUCACCACCAUCGAGAUCAUCGCGCUCCACCGACCUCAUCCUACCUCAAAGAUCUACGAAUGCAUCGUCACUCACUUACCUAUCGUGGUGCUAUGCUCAACAUAAAUCGAUAUCGACUUCGAGCCUCGUCCUGUCCGGAUAUCUAUCGUAACUCAAUGACAACAAUUGCCAAGGAGAAAUCACAAUGGCAACAAGGAAUCGCUGAAUUUAAAAAUUUAUUUGUGGAUAUUUUGGAUUUUUCAUAUUUCACCGAUAUUCGGUUCCUGUUGUUUGCCAUUUCAAAUCUUCUGUUGUACGCUUGGUACGAUGUUCCGUACGUUUAUCUUACGGAUAAUGCCAUUGAAUUGGGUAUUGCUGAGCCGGACGCGUCAAUGCUUGUGGGUAUUAUUGGAAUAGUGAACAUGUUUGGAGAGAUUGCACUUGGCUGGAUUGGAGACAGGAAAGGGAUAAGUCCAAGUGUCGUGUAUGCAAUUUGUAUGGCUAUGUGUGGGAUAGUAACAGCUAUGGUGCCUGUGUCUAGUACUUAUACGUGGCUCUGCAGCUGUUCUGGACUUUUUGGCUUCUUUAUUGCGGCGAAUUACUCAUUAACCAGUAUUAUUCUUGUUGAGUUGAUUACAUUGGAACGAUUCACAAACGCCUACGGUCUGCUGUUGCUGGUUCAAGGUGUCGCAAAUUUAGUUGGUCCACCGUUAGCAGGAUGGAUCUACGAUUUAACUGGUACUUACAAUCUUUCAUUCUAUUUCGCUGGAUUUUUCAUCGCUGUCUCUGGUGGUGUUCUGAUUGUUUUGCCUGCUCUUGGCAAAUAUCGCAAAUAUCGAACUCUCAAACGACGAACACCAUCUGACCAAUGUGAGACGCCAAGUUUGCCAAGUGAGCAACAAAUAAGCAAAUGCAACGGGACAACUGUAAUUGCCGAAUGUUACAGUGACAACGUGCUAAAAGACCCAGUGAAACCGAAUCACGUCUAAAAACACAUUUAAUGGAGAAAUCCUGAAAAAGGAUAAUAAAUUCUUGACGUUUAUAUUAUAUGUAACAAAUAAUAAAUGAAACGUAGCAAUUACAAAAGUUAUUAACGCUAAUUGAGAUCACAAUUUUCUGUAAUCUCCUUAUUGAAAACGAGUUUUUUGAAUAAUAAUCAGAAAUUUCUAGCAAUCCUGAUAGUGAUUAGAGUUUAAUUAAAGCUGCAAUUGCGCGAUAUGCUCCGGAAACAAUUUAUUAUUGAAACGUUGAAUACAAAUUUUGAGUCUAGUAACCAAAAUACGAAGAGAACAUUUUGAAAAUUACCAUUCAAGCAUAUUUAUAAGCAAACAAACAUUUAUUGAAAUAUUGUCGUAGUCGCAAUGUGCAGAAAAAGUGGAGAAAAAGGUAAUAAACAAAGAACCCUCAACAGGUCCGAUUCUAAAUAUAUUAAAUAUUAAUUUAAACUGUAGUCAUAGCAACAAAGAGCAGGAAAUAAGAUGAGAAUAAUAGAUUAGAUGCGAAUAAAUCGAUAAUUUGUCUAAAAGAAACGGAUCAGCAAAAACCGUUUCUAAAUAACCCAGGGUUCAAAUUCUGCUUAAAACAACCGGAAAUCUUGUCGGGUUUUCUUUUUCUCUAUGCAUAUAUUCAUAAUUGAAAAGAUACUAGCACUACUUUUCCUCUUCAAUCGUCCUUUUUCGUCUUCAAUUAAACUUUCAGAUAAACAAGUUUUUCGCUAAAUUUUCAUAGAGUCGAAUAGAGGAAAAUAAUACUUCGUGCCACUGAGAGAGACGUGAAAUGUGCUUUUGCCGAAAUGUUUGGAAAUUUCGCGGAAAUUCGAAAAAUAUAGUUAUUUGUAGUUAAUUAGGCAACAAGCGUAAUGUUAGUGAAUAGCAAAAAGGGAAAUAAUAUUUAUGCGAUUUGAUUUGAUAGGAAACCAACAGUUAUUCUGUUCGAAUUAUAAAAAGUACUGACUUUGGGAAUUAUCUAUAAUUUCAUAGGAAAUAAUCUUAGUUGGCGUGAUUACCUUAGAUUAGAUCAUGGAGUUGAUUUUUGUAACCUUAAGAUUGCAUUAUAUUUUGAAGAUAUUCAGGCUUUUGAUGACAGUGUGCAUGGGAGAUAGGUAGAUAGUGUGGAGCUAUGUUUCCUUUGCUUGAAAUACAUUUUUCAAACUUAUAAUCCGCUCUUUCAAUCUUCUACAAUAAACGAGUAUUAAAUCUUCAUUUACUUCGCCGGAAACUUGCUUGUUUCAGUUGUUAUCCAACUACCUUAAAAGCCAAUAAAUAUACAACUUUGAACGCGAUAUACAGUAUAGCUCUUUAGCUACCUUUAAUAUUAGAACACAUUUAUACAUUUUUGAAUGAAUUGAGUAGAACAAGAGAAGCAAAUACAACAUAAAGAACAACAUUUUUUGAAAAUACAUAUUCAUCUGUGAUCAAUAUAAUAUUAAUCGUAUGAAGUAUAUUUACUAGCCACUAGAUAAAAGGAAAUAAUAAUUAUAUUUGAAGCUAAAUAAGUAAAAAAAAGGAAUCAUUAUUACGUAGGAGUUGUAGGUCUUCAUUUUUUUCUCUGAAAUAUAUUAUGAAAGUUUGUGAGCACAAUAAAAUUAUAAAGAAAAUUGUUUUCACGGACAUAA